AUGGCGGUGUUGUUGGCUGUUUGCAGUUCCCACGAAAGUGACAAAACCCUGGUGGUGUGGGAUCUGAGUUCUGGGCCAGCGGCCGAAGACAUGCAUACCUCCCCACGACAUUCUUUGUUCACAGUAUUCUCCAAGUUUGGCCUUCUGUAUUCAGUGCGUGUCUUCCCAAACACUGCAGUGGCCCGUCCUGGCUUCUAUGCCAUCAUCAAGUUUUAUUCAGUAAGGGAUGCUCACAGAACCCAAAAGGCAUGUGGCCGGAAGCAGCGUUUUCAGUAAUCUCCAGUGAAGACCCCUCCUACAGAAAGUUUGGCGUCAUCACUGAUUAGUGGUACCCACUACCUAAUAGAGUGGCAGUUCGGCCAAGGCGAGGAAGAAUGUCUCGAUUUCAGUUUGGAGGAAGAAGAGGUCUGGCUGCCAGAAACUGGCUAGCACUUUCAACUAUGCAGAGAGGCUGGUGAAGCUCUCUGUCCCUGCGGCUGAUCAAGCUGCUGGAGCUUGAGGGCAGGGAGGGGAGUGGGGACAUGAAAUCCUGUCACCCU